AGACCUGGUUGUUUGCACCAUCUGCAGCGCUGAUGACACGAAACUUGGAACCACUCGUUGCAUUGUCGCCAGUAGCCACAAGCUGGUUUGCGUUUGCAGCCACAGCACCAGGGUUUGCUGCAACCAAAUUGUUGGCGUUGAUGUUGUUUGAUGCAAGCUGGGCUGCAUUGGAGGCAAGAUUGAUAUUGCCAUUGUUUGUAGCAGUGGUAGCAGCAUUCGCAGCUUGAAUAGCAAGGUUUUGAAGGUUGUUGUUCACGCCGGUAGCGCCAAUGUUGGCGAC